CGCCGGAACUGGAGGGGAGUUUUGAAUCUGUCUCUCUUGAGAGUUUGGCGCUGAUGCUAAUUUGCUCCUGAGGUUGUAGUUUAAAGAUGAUUUCGAGUUAUAAUUAGUUAUAAACUGUGUCUCUCUCUCGGGGAUGAGGGAGUGAGGGAGUGAACUGGGCGGUGUUUGACGCCGUGCCGCAGUGUGUGAGCGGCUGUUAUAAAGGUGUUCUAAAGGUGUUGUAGAGGCGCGGGAUGGCGAGUGUUCAUGAGAGCCUGUACUUUAACCCGAUGAUGGUGAACGGGGUGGUGCAGGUGAAUAUAUUCUGCAUUAAGGACUGGGUGACUCCCUAUAAGAUCUCAGUGUUAGCGCUGCUCUAUGAGAUGAGCUCAGCGAAUAAACACCUGGAGCUGCUGGACAAGAGGAGACUCAACAAACUCAUCUUACCUUUACAGCAGGGCCCAGAUGUGACAUUUGAGCAGUUCUUGAGCUCCAUAGAAGAGUGCUGUCCUCUCAUCGCUAACACCGUCAAACACAGGUUGUGUACAAUGGCAGACAGAGAGCUGCAGGACAUGGAGCACUUUUUUGCUGAAUUACCGAGCGCCUUCACUGACUCUGAGGCGUUUAAAACCAGUGUUGUGGGGUUGUUUAUGCGUCAGAUGUUGCUGGCGUAUAAUAAACUCUCCUUCAGUCAGGUGUAUAAGCUCUACAAGGCUCUGCAGCAGUAUUGUCGCCGUGGGCAACGACCCCGACAUCACCUCACUAAUGAAGACAUGGAGCUGAGUGCUAAUGAGGACACGCUCGCUGACAUCACAGAGAAAAACGAGCUGGACACACACACGCUACACCAAUCAGAGCUCCGGUGUGAUGAGAGUCGUGGUCCUCUCUCUCAGAAACAGGCCGAGUAUUUCCUCGCUCGACAGGCGUACAUGUUGAAGAAUGAUGAGAACAAGGCGAUGAGUCCAGAUAAACUGCAGGAUGAACUCAACAACAUCCUGAAGUUUAACCCUGACUUUGCUGAGGCGCACUAUGUGAGUUAUCUGAACAGUGUCCGUGUUCAGGACGUCUUCACCUCCACACACAGUCUUCUGCACUACUUUGAUCGUCUCGUCCUGUCCGGUGCUGAGGGGAAGAGUAACGGAGACGAUGGAUUCGGACGCAGCCUUCGCUAUGCCGUUCUCAACCUGGCAACCCUGCACUGCCGCUUCAACCAUUAUCAGCAGGCUGAUCUCGCUCUUCAGGAGGCCAUCAGAAUCGCUCAAGAAGCAAAUGACCACGUCUGCCUACAGCACUGUCUGAGCUGGCUGUACACGUUGGAGCAGAUGAAGGGAUGUGACAGUGCGGUUCUGACUGAAGACUCUGUUAAAAUGGCUGCUUAUUUCUGUUUAACUUAUUUAGCAUGUCUGGGUGUGCAGUCUCUGGUCCAGCGGGGGGCGCUGCAGGGUUUCUCCGCCCCUCAGCUGCUCGAUGCUCAGCGUCAGACCGCCGUGUUGCUGUGGAAACACAGUCUGAAUGAGCUGAUCGAGAUUAGUCUGGCUCAGAGUGCCUCCCUGUGGAGCAUGUAUGGCAAGAGCACGAUGUCUGUGCAGCAGUCUCAGCUCCUGUUGAACAUGAACAGUUUGGAGCCGGUGAAUUUCGGCGUUCAGCAGAAUGCCACGGAGCCGUUCGCCAUCGCACUGUGUCACCUCGCACAGCUCCAUGCUGACCAGGGUCUGUACACCGCCACGAGUGACAUCAUCAAACACCUGAAGCAGCAGUUUCCUCCUCACACUCAACAUGCUAAGAUCUGGAUGCUGUGCGAUCUGAACAUUCAAUUUGAGAAAGCCAUGAAUGAUGGGAAAUAUCACAUGGCUGAGCCUCACGUCACCGCCAUCUCCGCCCUGAACAGCACUGAAGGGCUGUACAGGAAAGCUCAGCUAUUAAAAGCUUUAAAUCGGACAUCAGAAGCAUCCAAAGUCCUGCAGCGUCUCCAGCAGCUGUGUGAGAAGAACAAGAACACUGAGAUGAUCAUCAGGGUGAUGUUAGCUACAGCAGAGCUGCACUGGGACUCGUGUGGAUUUUCGGCGGCUCUUCCGCUCCUGCUAAAGGCGUUAGCACUCACACGUCAACACAACCUGCAGAGACUUGAGUGUAAAACUAUCCUGCACCUCGCUUACACACAGUUGAUGUUGGGGAUCCCGGAGCAGGCUCUCUCGCUGGUGUGUGGUGUGUUGGAGUGUGUGUUAGCCCACGGUGCACUGAUGGAAAAAGCUAAAGCUCUGCUGCUGAUGGCUCGGUGUCAGGUGGCUCUCACUGCAUCCGCCUCGGAGGAGCACAGACUCACUGAAUCAGCAGUACACACUCUGGAUGAGGCCGGAUUUUAUUUCUCUCAGCUGGACUGUAAACAGCGUCUGCGUGAUGUUUAUUAUCUGCAGUCUCGGCUGCACCACACGCUGGGAAACUCGGCCGAGCGCAACAAGUGUGCGCUGAUGUUCCGCGUGCUGAACCAGGAGCUGCUGCAUGCCCCGGCCACGCCCACUCACCACCUCUAAUACUCACACACACAUCUGUAGUGAUAAACAAAGUGUUUGAACAUAAA